AUGUUUUGUUUCGCCGGAUAUCUCUUGUUAUUGACCAGCAUUUCAACAUGCGUUGCUGGUGCACGGAUUGGAUCACUUGACCACGUAAUGAUCACAACUGAACCUGAAGGUCAUUCAGAAACUCACACACUGGUUAGUCCGCAGUAUUUUCGUGUUGAGGAUCCUAUACUGGACGAACUUACUGAUACUCUUAAGGGUUAUGAGGAAUAUCCAGAGAUGCCAUAUCUUCCAAUAGAAGAAACGGAGGAGACAGUUCCAAUAGAACUACCAGAUCUCUCAGAGCUACCAGAUAAUUUAUCGGAAUUGCCACUUGAACAAAUUCCAGAGGAGAUCGAAGAAGAUAUUACUUCAGUGUGCGAGACAAAAGCUUGUAUGGACUUAAUGGCAAAGUUUGCAUCUUGGAAGGAGUCUAGACAUGAGGAAUCCAAACCAGGAAGUGGUAGAUGGGGUUAA